AUGGUCGCCCAUCCUCCAUCUUCGUCGGAACGUCAACCAAAUGGUAGGGCAGGGGCAGGGGGUGGACAUGGAAGGACGGAGAGGACUCCUGGCACACCGAGGAAAGAGGGUGGAGGAGCGGGGAAAGACAAGGCUCUUCAGGACCCGGGCCUCAAGGACUACCGUCUAGGGGAAUGUUUAGGCAAAGGAGCCUUUGGAUCAGUAUAUAAGGCGUUCAAUUGGGGAACUGGAGAAGCGGUAGCUGUCAAACAGAUCAGGCUAGGAGACCUGCCCAAAAGCGAGCUACGCAUGAUUGAGGCAGAAAUAGACCUUUUGAAAAACUUGAAUCAUGAUAAUAUUGUCAAGUACCUGGGAUUUGUUAAGUCUUCAGACUGCCUAAAUAUCAUACUAGAGUAUUGCGAGAACGGAUCGUUGCACUCGAUAUGCAAAAGCUACGGCAAAUUUCCCGAGAACCUCGUCGGAGUUUAUAUGGGUCAAAUUCUGCUGGGUCUCCAGUAUCUACACGACCAGGGUGUCAUUCAUCGAGACAUCAAGGGGGCAAAUAUUCUCACAACGAAGGACGGGAAGGUCAAACUUGCAGAUUUUGGGGUAUCGACAAGCACACUGGCUGGAGCUGAUAAGGAAGCACAAGUUGUUGGAACUCCUUAUUGGAUGGCUCCAGAGAUAAUCCAACUCUCUGGAGCCACUCCUGCUUCUGAUAUCUGGAGCUUGGGCUGUACUGUUAUUGAGCUGCUGGAAGGGAAACCACCGUAUCACAAGUUGGCUCCUAUGCCAGCACUUUUUGCCAUAGUCAAUGAUGACCAUCCACCUUUGCCAGAAGGAGUCUCACCAGCUGCUCGAGACUUUCUUAUGCAAUGUUUUCAGAAGGACCCCAACCUUCGAGUAUCUGCUCGGAAACUGCUGAAGCAUGCUUGGAUAGUAGGCUCCCGGCGUACAGAUGCACCCGUUGCAAAGCCUCCUGCCAAUUUCAGUGAAGCUGUUGAGGAAGUAAAGCAAUGGAACGAGGCACUCAGAUCGCCCACUGGAGCUGGUUCCUUCCGCCUUUCAACAAGGUCAAAUGUCGCCAGUCCAAUGCCUCCGAGGAAGGACCCUCCUCUUCGGAACGUUCACAACGAGCAACAGCCCGCGGCGAUGAUCACACCUGCCAAAGGCCCGCUUUCCUUAGCAAAGCCUAAAAACCAGGCCGAGGCAUUUCGAUCCCCUGAAAGUAUUGGUGAUGAUAAUUGGGACGAUGAUUUUGCGACCUCGAUAUCACCAAGUGCACUUCACCUUCCCCAGUUCAAGCCACAAGACAACUUUGGUGGAUUGCUCUCAUCUGAUCGAUUGAAGGCAUUCGCCUCCUUCGAUACUACAAAUGAUGAGAGUGACAAUUGGGAUAAUAACUUUGAGGGUGACCUGAUGACUAUCAAAGGUCCCCAUAAGAACAUAGAACCCGACAGCUUUGACCUCGAGACCAUUCGACCAUAUCGUGUCAAGCCUACAGUGAUCACGCAAGACCUCAAACCUGCACCCACACCAAAGAACCAUUCGAGGAAAACAUCAAGUAGUGCACCACCGCGCCCGAAAUCUCCUGUCAAGUCUCAAGUGGGAACAAAGUUCGAUUUGCCUGCCAGAUCCGCAGCAUUGUAUCGAGAUCAAUCAGUAGAAGAUUAUUCGGAUAUAUUUGUAGACAAUGACAAUCUUUUCGAUCGCCGACUCGAUAUCGUCAAGGAUGACGCACUAUCACCCAAGCUAUUCCAUCCGUCGGAUCUUACGAGUCUUCCUCGUUCAGCUCAACCGCCCAUUAUUAAUGGAAAUGGUAGCAUGAGGAGGAAGACAGCCCCUCGGAGGGAAGAUCCGUCAAUGCGAAGAACUAGAUCUUCCGUAGAAAUUCAAAGGUAUGCUGAAGACGAAGAUGACGAGGAUUUCUCGGACAUCUUUGGCAAAGAUGAUGCGAUUGUCGAGACGGACGAGAGUGAUCGGGGAUCCGAGGAUGGAGUUGGGGCUCUGAUGCUUCAUUCUAAGCUUUCGAAUAAUUCUUGGCUUGGGGAUGAAGAUGACGAGGAUGAUCCGUUUGCCUCGCUCGAACAAGGUUUUGAUGAGAUGGACUUACAGGCCAACAUUGCUCGUGACAAGCAUGCUAGGCUCUGUACAAUGGUUGAGGGCUUGGUAAGCUCUCUGAAGGUGACGGAAGAUCCUGAGACGCUUGCGGAUUUGUCAGAGCAGCUGCUUGAUGUACUCUACGAAUCUGAAGAUGCAAAGGGUCUGAUUAUCAGCGCUCAUGGAAUGCUGCCAAUUCUCGAGAUUUUAGAGCCCUGCACUGUCAAAAGCCGCCAAAGCAUGAUUCUGCGACUGCUCAAGGUGGUCAACACUAUUAUUCUGAACGACGUAGAAAUUCAAGAAAACUUAUGCUUCGUUGGUGGUAUUCCAAUCAUCACUAAGUUUGCUGCUAGGCAAUACUCGACGGAAAUCAGACUGGAAGCAGCUGCGUUUGUGCGGCAGAUGUACCAGACCUCAACGUUGACUUUACAGAUGUUCGUAAGCGCGGGUGGACUGAACGUUCUUGUUGAAUUUCUGGAUGAAGACUAUGAUGAGGCCCGAGAUUUAGUGCUAAUCGGAGUCAAUGGAAUUUGGAACGUCUUCGAACUUCAGGGACCAACACCGAAGAACGAUUUCUGCCGUAUAUUUUCGAGAAGCAAAAUCCUGUCGCCUCUUGCUUUAGUCCUAGAUCGUGUUCUUGACGAAGAGGAUGAGCUUGCUGAGCUCAUCGAGGGUCGCAUUGUCAACAUAUUCUACCUUUUCUCGCAAGCUGAGAAUUACGUCAAAGAAGUCGUAGCCGAACGCGUCGUUCUAAAACGGGUUCUCAAAGAUCUUCGACGAAUGACUCCAGCCCACCAGAUUACUAUGUUGAAAUUCAUCAAGAACCUUUCAAUGUUAUCAACGACACUGGACAGCUUACAUGCUGCUAAUGCCAUAGAGCUUCUGAUAGAUCUGUUAAGCUUAAGCAUGAAGAAAGCUCCCGCACAUUUCCGGGAGAUGUCUAAUCAGGUAUUGAAUACAAUGUAUAAUCUAUGUCGACUCAGCAAGGUGCGGCAAGAGGAUGCUGCAAUCAAUGGCAUUAUCCCAUUACUACAGAAGAUUAUGAAAACGAAACGACCACCAAAGGAGUUUGCACUUCCGAUUCUGUGCGACAUGGCACACUCGGGCAAGGUUGGCAGGAAAUACUUGUGGCAAAAUAAAGGCUUGCAAUUCUAUGUGUCACUAUUAGAAGAUCAGUAUUGGCAGGUCACAGCCCUAGAUGCUAUCUUCAUAUGGCUUCAGGAAGAAACUGCCAAAGUCGAGAAGUCUCUACUUGAGGGCAACUUUAUCGAAGCAAUUGUGCAAUGUUUCAAUGCGCCGAGAGCAAGCGCCUUUGAUUAUAACCUUUUAGAACCCUUACAGAAGCUUCUCAGGUUAAGUUCGCCUGUAGCCGCUUCUCUGGCACGGCUUGAUUUGUUUUCUGGUAUCUUCCAGAAACUCAACCACAAGAAGGCUGUAGUACGAUUAAAUCUUCUUCGUAUUGUUCGAAGUAUUUGUGAUCCAAGCGAUGGAAAGUCAGAUAGUAUUCAAGGUCACAAGCUCUUCGAGGCGAUUGAGAGCCUUGUUGAAAACGACCCUGCAGUACUAGUACGGAACAUGGCAAACGAGUUGGUAAAAUCCAACCAGGAAAGUAAGCACGAAAGCACCAGUAAUAGCCGACAACGCCCAGGACAAGUCUCAAGACGAAAGAGCUCGUUUACACCUCCAGGACUGCAUCAAAGCUCAUCGGUGCCCAUUACUCCCACGCACGUUAGUCGUGUGUCUCAAUCUUCUUUCGUGGACGGCAGCAUCACGCCGAGGCGACUGCCUGCCAGUAGUGAAUCCAUCCUCUAUCGGCCACGCAGCAGAGAUGGAAGUAUAUCACAAAUUCCCCCAACACCUCGACGCACGAGCUCUGAACUUGCAAGUGGCUCCUCCUCAACUAGCAAAAGUCGAUUACCAAGAACAUCUCUCCUCCGCAGCUCGAGGUCUUCCAUGGCAGUGCCCUCAAUCCAGGACGAGAGCUCUUUAAACAGGAGAGACAACGGCGUACGCCUACGCGGUCACACUCAAUCCAGUACUUCUGGGUCCCCGGCUAUACCACUAGGAAAUACGUCGCAGUUGAGGGAGAAGAGAAGGCCGAGGGCGCCGAGCGGAGACAUCAACUGGUCAUGA